AUGUCUCUCCACACCCCAGCACCAAAGAGCCUCAAGCGCAACUUUCAGCGUAUGAUGAUGGACCACCACUCUCACGGCAUGAUCCCGAUGGAACAACCUCACUACAACGAGUUCCCACCUGGCGUGUUCUACACUCCUCCGCCACCACCGCCUCAACACGUCCUCUUCAGCAACCCAUUCCCAGUAUCGCCAUAUGAAUACUCCCCAGAUGACUACUUCCCAUCGGAGUCGACUAGCUACUACAACGCCGACCGCUCUUGCUCAGAUCCUUUCAUUCAAGAGGUCGAUUCGUCCUUCAGCGGCAUGGAGAGUGGCAGCUCUUCCUGCAAUGUGUCCGUGGGACCAGCAACUCCUCCAUCAGCAACAUCUCCGCUACACCACCACUACACAGAAGGUCGGCCAACAAAGUUCCCUGCUGUUCCAAUCACGCCUAGCCCAUCAACUCCUCGUCAAAAAGCCAAGCGCACCGCAACGGCUUGUGAAGAGUGCCGCAAGAGGAAGCAAAAGUGUGAUGGCGAGCACGUAUGCCAAUCAUGCAAGGAGCAAAAGUUGGAGUGCAAAUACCGUGAGGUCGUCCCCACAAAAAAGGACAACUCAUUGGAGAAGCUGAUGAGCCUCAUCGACAGCUUCGGCAAGUCAAUGGAGGCUCUCAACCAACGCCUCGAUACCAUGAGCGCGAGCGUUGUCUCCAUCCAGUCUCGGCUCGACUCACAAUGUGCAUCGACGAAUACUGAGGUCCAUGCUUGAGCGGUGCUCAUACCUUCCGCCCUCUUGAUAUCGGCACGGCUCUUUUAACGACUUUAUUUGAUGGAUGCAUGCAUUGCACAGGCUUGUGCAUACGGAAAAGCAAGCCUUCAACAAAACGUAACGACGUGUGGCAUCGGACUGGAUGAUGUGGAUCAUGAUACCCCAAUACGGCAGGCGGC